CCGAGCACUUCCGCUUCCCUUCAGCUCUCUUUUCCUCGCUGUUCCCCGCCCCCGGGUCCCGAGUGCGGUCUCCGCGGAAGCGGUGGUGGCGGCGCCAUGGCGGAGCUGACGGCUCUCGAGAGCCUCAUCGAGAUGGGCUUCCCCCGGGGACGCGCGGAGAAGGCUCUGGCCCUCACAGGGAACCAGGGCAUCGAGGCUGCGAUGGAUUGGCUAAUGGAGCACGAAGACGACCCUGAUGUGGACGAGCCCCUGGAGACGCCCGUUGGACAUAUCCUGGGACGGGAACCCACCCCAGAGCAAGUUGGCCCUGAAGGGGCUGGGUCUGCUGCUGCUGGAGAAAGCAAACCCAUUUUAACUGAAGAAGAAAGACAAGAACAGACUAAGAGAAUGUUGGAGCUAGUGGCCCAGAAGCAGCGGGAACGUGAAGAAAGAGAGGAGCGAGAAGCACUGGAACGAGAAAAACAACGCAGGAGACAAGGGCAAGAGCUGUCAGCUGCACGACAGAAACUGCAGGAAGAUGAGAUGCGGCGAGCUGCUGAGGAGCGCAGGAGGGAAAAGGCUGAAGAGCUAGCCGCCAGACAACGGGUUCGAGAAAAGAUUGAAAGGGACAAAGCAGAAAGAGCCAAAAAGUAUGGUAGUAGUGUGGGUUCUCAGCCAUCCCUGCCAGCAACAGAGCCAGGUGCUGUUCCUUCCUCUCCCAGCCAGGAGCCACCUACCAAGCGGGAAUAUGACCAGUGUCGCAUACAGGUCAGGCUGCCGGAUGGGACCUCAUUGACCCAGACAUUCCGGGCCCGGGAACAGCUGGCAGCUGUGAGGCUCUAUGUGGAGCUCCACCGUGGAGAAGAGCCUGGAGGUGGCCAGGAUCCUGUGCAGUUGCUCACUGGCUUUCCCAGACGGGCUUUCUCAGAGGCUGAUAUGGAGCGGCCCCUGCAGGAGCUGGGACUUGUGCCUUCUGCUGUCCUCAUUGUGGCCAAGAAAUGUCCCAGCUGAGGGGCCUUCAUCCCACCGUCCAUCCCUCUGACCUCUUCAUCUUUGAUAAGGCACUGACAUCACCUUCCUAAUAAAUAGACCCUUUGAGUUCUA